GCUUUGAUUUCGCUUUGAACUUUAAAAUUAUACACACAAAAUUAAAAAAACUAUCAUUAAAAUUUCUUUCACAUUUCCUUAGAUAAUUAUUUGAAAAAAAAUAUCAAAAUUUUCUGUAAUAUUUAUUAAAAAUUAAUUAACAACGCAAUUUCUGAUAUAAUAGCAUGUCAUCGCCAGAGUUGCAAGCGAAAAUCGAUCAGUGGCUAAAGUGGGAUAAAUGUGAAAAGACGCGCAAUGAAAUCCAAAAUCUCAUUCAAAGUAACAAUUGGAAUCAGUUGAAACAGGUGUUACUGCAGCGUUUGGAAUUCGGUACAGCUGGUUUGCGCGGGCGUAUGCGUGCCGGUUUCAAUGGCAUGAAUGAGCUGGUCGUAGUGCAAGCCGCGCAGGGACUAGCCACAUAUAUGCGCACGCAGUUUAGUGAUAGCGAAUGUAGAAUGCGUGGCAUAGUCUUUGGCUAUGAUGGACGUCACAAUAGUAAACGUUUCGCUGAGCUCUCUGCCAAUAUUUUUGUACGUGCCGGCUUCAGGGUUUAUCUAUAUCGGCGUAUGGUACUCACACCAAUGGUUCCGUUUACCAUAAGACAUUUUAAAUGUUUGGGUGGCGUAAUGGUCACCGCUUCACAUAAUCCCAAAGAUGAUAAUGGCUAUAAAGUGUAUUGGGAAAAUUCUGCACAAAUAGUACCACCGCACGACACGCAUAUACACAAAAAAAUACUCGACAAUUUAGAACCAUGGCAAGAUUCAUUCGAUACGGAUGGUUUAUAUAUAUGUACUUGCCUAUUGGCUGAUCCAAAUGAUGCCAUAACCGCGUAUGUGCAACGGGUGAAGGCAGGAGUUCCGCAAAAAUUUGUCGAUUUGAAUAGUCGAAGUGAAUUGCGUUUUGUCUAUACGGCGAUGCAUGGCGUUGGUUAUCCAUUCUUGCAAAUGGUCUUCGAAGCUGUAAGAAUUAAACCAGUAAUUUUUGUAAAAGAACAAAAUGAUCCGGAUCCAGAGUUUCCCACUGUUGCGUUUCCAAAUCCAGAGGAGGGCAGAAGCGCACUAGAUAUGGCAAUAAAUUUGGCUGAUCGAGAGGAUAUAGAAUAUAUAAUAGCUAAUGAUCCAGAUGCUGAUCGUUUCGCUUUGGCGACAAGGAAUCCCGCGACUAAAGCAUGGAAGAUAUAUAAAGGAAAUGAAAUCGGCGCACUUCUUGGUUGGUGGGCACUGUUCUUAUAUAAAGAGCAAAAUCCGUCUCCUGAUUUUAAAAACUGUUGGAUGAUUGCGAGCACUGUCAGCUCCAAGAUACUUAAAGCUUUUGCGCGAAAAGAAGGCUUUCACUUUACUGAAACAUUAACGGGAUUCAAAUGGAUGGCGAACGAAGCGGAUCGUUUGAUUAAAGGUGGCAAAACUGUACUAUUCUCAUUUGAAGAAUCAAUCGGUUUCAUGUUCGGCACAACAGUCUAUGAUAAAGAUGGUGUUAAUGCCGCAUGCCAAGUUGUAACAAUGGCUAACUAUUUGCAUUCGGACAAAGGUAUUUCACUGGAUCAAAAACUGGAGGAGAUUUACAAAGAGUAUGGAUUUCAUUACAACAAUGCCUCGUAUUACUUUUGCUAUGAGCCAGUAGUGAUUAACAAAAUUUUCGAAAGACUGCGUAAUUUUUCCGGGUCACCAAGAACAUACCCCAUUGCAAUACUCGAUGGAAAAUAUAGAAUUCAAUUUAUACGCGAUCUAACAAAUGGCGUCGAUACCGAGCAACCCGAUGGAAACGCAAUUUUGCCUGUAAGCGCCAGCAGUCAAAUGAUCACCUUCAAAUUCUUUAAUGGACUCGUCAUAACACUUCGUACCAGUGGCACUGAACCCAAAAUUAAGUAUUACGCCGAGAUGUGUGCCCAACCCGGUCAGACGGACUUCCAAGCCCUCAUUAAUACCACAAACGAAAUGGUUUCGGCCAUUAUUGAGGAAUUCUUGCAGCCAAGUGUGAACAAUUUAACGCCAAAAGCGGAUUAAAACUUAUUUUUUCCUCGGAACUGUUGAAUUAUUUAAUCAUACGUUCGGAAUUACGAUUAACAAAAA